UAAUAUCGCGCACCAAGCGCCUGGCAGUCUUGGAUGAGGUCCACACUUACACAGCCCGGCUCUUGAGUAUAGGUAUGGCGACUGGGGAUGCGUCCUUCAGCUUAUUAGAAUCCAACCCUUACUCUACCGUCACGUAAACACAACCUCGUGCACUGCAACUUGUAGCUACAUUUCUCCAAUAUUUUCAUCGUAGCAUCGUUAUUUUAUCAUCAUGGAGUCCGGCAAACUUGCCCCUCCGACACUCCAAAUCAACACGAGACAGCGUGCGCUGAGUCAGGCUGACACUGUCACUUCGCAAACAUCAGACCCAUUCCGGACGCCAAUAUCGCCGAGUAAUGCGUCCACAAGCGGUGUAUCUACUGUAGUGGGAGACUACGACGCAGCGUUGCAACAGGAGUUGCGCGCUGAAGCGACAGCAGACAGCAACAACCCGUUCGCGUUCACCCCAUCACAACUCAGCAAGCUUCUGAACCCCAAGUCACUUGCUGUUUACCAGGCUCUCGGCGGCAUUCAUGGCAUCGCAGCCGGUCUACAGACAAACAUUCACACUGGUCUCAGUGCCGACGAAUCGACUGUUCCCCGGCAUAUUUCCUUCGACGAAGCGACGAAUCCCCAGACACCGACCAAAGAGAAAGAGUCAAGUCGACCGCCAAGCAAUGGAAAGCCAUUCGAGGAUCGAAUCCGCAUCCACGGACGAAACGUGCUGCCACCGAAGAAAGUCACUCCUCUAUGGAGACUGAUCUGGAAUGCUUACAACGAUACGGUAUUGAUCGUUCUUACCGUUGCAGCGGCGAUAUCCUUGGCACUUGGACUGUACGAGACUUUCGGUGCAGAGCACGAACCAGGCGCCCCAACACCUGUUGACUGGGUUGAGGGUUGCGCGAUUGUCGUGGCCAUCGUUAUUGUCGUGCUCGUCACAGCUGUCAAUGACUGGCAGAAGGAAGCAGCCUUUGCAAAGCUCAAUGCAAAGAAGGAACAACGCGAUAUCAAAGUUACUCGAUCUGGAAGGACGGAAAUGAUCAGCAUCUAUGAUGUUCUGGCAGGAGAUAUCAUUCACAUGGAGCCUGGAGACAUCAUUCCCGUCGACGGUAUCUUCGUAGACGGCUCCGACGUCAAGUGCGAUGAGUCCUCUGCUACGGGAGAAUCUGAUGCCAUGCGAAAGACUCCAGGUGCUGCCGUCAUGAAGGCGCUAGAAUCCGGACAGCCGGCAAAGAACCUCGACCCUUUUGUCAUCUCUGGUGCAAAGGUACUUGAAGGCGUCGGUACCUUCAUGGCAACUUCGGUUGGAGAGCACAGCAGUUUUGGCCAGAUAAUGAUGUCUGUCCGCGUCGAGAUUGAGGCUACACCACUGCAAGAGAAGCUAGGCAAGCUCGCUAUGGCUAUUGCCUAUCUCGGAACCACAGCUGCAGGUAUCUUGUUCUUCGUCCUUUUGUUUCGCUUUGUUGGUGGACUCUCCGGCGACAACCGCAGCGCGUCGGAAAAGGGCUCAGCCUUUAUGGAUAUCCUCAUCGUCGCUGUUACCAUCAUUGUGGUUGCAGUGCCGGAAGGUCUUCCAUUAGCUGUAACAUUGGCACUGGCUUUUGCUACAACCAAGAUGUUGAAGGAGAACAACCUGGUCAGAAUCCUACGGGCAUGUGAGACCAUGGGAAAUGCCACAGCCAUCUGCUCUGACAAGACUGGUACUUUGACAACCAACCGAAUGACUGUCGUCGCCGGCACGUUUGGUACUACCAGCUUCGUCCACGCUGACUCCGCCAAUUCGGACAAGGACAAAACCAUUUCAGCAUGGGCAUCCCAAGUUUCACCGGCUGCGAAGGAGCUUCUCAUCCAAUCUAUCGCGAUCAACUCGACUGCAUUCGAAGGCCAAGAGGACGGCAAGCCAGUCUUCGUCGGUUCCAAGACCGAGACUGCGCUGCUUGAGCUCGCUAAAGACCACCUUGGACUCGUCUCUCUAUCAGAGACUCGUGAUAACGAACAGGUCAUACACAUGUUUCCUUUCGACUCAGCGAAGAAGUGUAUGGGUGCUGUAGUCAAGCUUCCGAACGGCCAAUACCGCCUUGUCGUCAAAGGAGCAUCCGAGAUCCUUCUCAGCUUUGCAUCCGAAUUCGCGCAUUUCGAGACCCUUGAGGCGGAGCCGCUUUCUGAAGAACACCGCCAGGUAUUGACCGAUACAAUCAACGCGUACGCAAACAGAUCCCUCAGAACCAUCGGUUCAGUCUACCGCGACUUCCCACAAUGGCCACCGGCUGAUGCCGCACUCACCGAGGGUGGCAGUGUCGACUUCGCCUCCCUACUGCGCGAUCUUACAUUCUUCGGCCUCGUCGGAAUUCAGGACCCUGUGCGCCCCGGUGUGCCUGAGGCAGUUCGCAAGGCACAGAAGGCUGGUGUUACAGUGCGCAUGGUUACUGGUGACAACAUGCAAACUGCACGAGCGAUUGCUACUGAAUGUCUCAUCUAUACCGAAGGUGGCUUGGUGAUGGAAGGACCCGACUUCCGCCGCCUUUCUACCGAACAGCUUGACGAGAUGCUGCCCCGCCUGCAGGUAUUGGCCCGUUCUUCGCCCGAAGACAAGCGUAUCCUGGUCACUCGACUGAAGGCCCUUGGUGAGAUUGUUGCUGUUACUGGUGACGGUACGAACGAUGCUCCAGCACUCAAGGCUGCCAACGUUGGAUUCUCCAUGGUAUCCGGCACUGAGGUCGCCAAGGAAGCAUCUUCGAUCAUUCUCAUGGACGACAACUUUUCAUCGAUCAUCACUGCUUUGAUGUGGGGACGAGCUGUCAAUGAUGCCGUGCAAAAGUUCCUCCAAUUCCAAAUCACAGUCAACAUCACCGCAGUUGUUCUCGCGUUUGUCACCGCGGUGUACGAUGACGAAAUGAAGCCCGCACUACGAGCUGUUCAGCUCCUCUGGGUCAACUUGAUCAUGGAUACCUUUGCUGCGCUCGCGCUCGCUACCGACCCACCGACCGAGAAGAUCCUUGAUCGCCCACCACAGGGCAAGGGCCCUCUCAUCACGACAACCAUGUGGAAGCAGAUCACCGGUCAGAACAUUUACAAGAUCACAGUCAUCUUUGUGCUAUAUUUCGCUGGUGGCGACAUCCUCGGCUACGAUCUAUCAGACCCCAAUAAGCAACUCGAGCUCGACACUGUCAUCUUCAACAGCUUCGUUUGGAUGCAGAUCUUCAACAUCUUCAACAACAGGCGUCUCGAUAACAAGCUUAACGUGCUUGAGGGCAUACUCCGCAACUGGUUCUUCAUUGGCAUCGUCGUCAUGAUCAUUGGACUCCAGGUUCUCAUUGUGUUCGUCGGUGGUCGCGCAUUCCAGAUCAAACCUGGAGGUAUUGAUGGCACUCAAUGGGCUAUCAGCAUCAUCACCGGUUUCGUUUGUAUCCCCUGGGCAGUUCUGAUCAGGUAUUUCCCUGAUGAGUGGUUCGCUGUCAUCGCGCGUAUCGUCGGCAAGCCUGUCGUCGUGGUCUACAGGUGGUGCUGCAAAGGCUGCCGCAAGAUUAAGGGCAUGUUCACCAGGAACAAGAAGACUGAAGAUAUUGAUGCUGAAGCUGGUCCUGCGCCAGCGAUUGUCGUAGUUGGUGACGACUCGAGCGUAGCGGAGAACAGGAAAUGAGUGUGACAAUUACGAGGUGGCAUAGAUUGAGAACUUGUACGAUACUAGAUUAGAUGAGACAUGAUACCCCCGAAUUUCAAUAAUAUCUCUUUACAGCUUUUGUCACACGCUUUCGCAACUGUGUAUGAAUGUUGCAUAUGCUAUGAUCUUGUAUACUCAAAGCCUUUGAACCAUGUACAAAACCGAGCAGGCAGUCUGAAUGAUAGUGUGCACAUGAUCGAUGAAGCCAGGAGGCUUUGAUGCAGUGAACGAUACUAGGCUGAAUACCUCAGCAGACACAAUUCGGGAGUCCCUCCUGU